UUAGAAUAGAGGAAGAUGAUGAGUUUAGUUUGUGUAAAUUGCGGGAGGUCGAAGAUAGGAGAUAGGACCCCUUAUAUUCGGGGAGGGGAGGUUAGUGAUUCUUGGUUAACAAAGCCCACUCUCUGGUACCCGCAAAUUCACCAAUUUAUUUUGGUAUCUCAACGCUCAACACGAAAAACUGAACCUGGAAUCCCAUCCCCAUCCACCAACUGCUGCUCGGCGCCAUUCUUCAUUCUUGGCCAAAUUCUUCAUUCUUGUGUGUGGAAACGAUUUAGUGGGGGAAGAGGGGCGGUGGGAAAUGGAAGGUUUGGAGGGGCUUAUAGACAGGCUGAUGGAAGGGAGGAAAAACAAAGGUAAAAAGAUUCAGCUAAUAGAACCCGAAAUCCGUCAGCUCUGUAUCACUGCAAAACAAGUUUUCCUUGGCCAGCCCAAUCUGCUGCAACUGGAGGCUCCAAUUAACAUAUGUGGUGACAUUCAUGGCCAAUAUCCGGAUCUGCUGCGACUGUUCGAGAUGGGAGGGUUUCCUCCCGACGCCAACUAUCUUUUUCUGGGCGACUACGUGGACAGAGGAAAACAGAGCAUCGAGACCAUAACCCUUCUCUUUGCCUACAAAAUCAAGUUUCCAGACAACUUUUUCCUGCUCAGAGGAAACCACGAGUGCGCUUCCAUCAACCGGAUCUACGGAUUUUACGAUGAAUGCAAACGCCGCUUCAGCGUCCGCCUUUGGAAGAUCUUCACCGAUUGCUUCAAUUGUUUGCCCGUGGCGGCUGUCAUAGACGACAAAAUCCUCUGCAUGCACGGUGGCCUUUCCCCGGAAAUGCAGAGCUUAAAUCAGGUGGGAGACAUAGAAAGGCCCAUAGACGUGCCGGACCAGGGGCUCUUGUGCGAUCUUCUUUGGGCCGAUCCAGAUAGGGACAUUAGAGGUUGGGGCGAGAAUGACAGGGGAGUUUCCUUUACCUUCGGCGCAGACAAGGUCGCCGAUUUCUUGAAGAAGCACGAUCUCGAUCUAAUAUGCCGCGCCCACCAGGUAGUUGAAGAUGGCUACGAGUUUUUCGCAGACAGGCAGUUGGUUACGAUAUUUUCAGCGCCCAACUAUUGCGGGGAGUUCGAUAACGCAGGAGCUUUUAUGAGCGUCGACUCCAGUUUGCUAUGCUCGUUUCAAAUCCUUAAGCCGUCCAAAGCAUGAGCGUCCGGAAAUGGAAUCCACCUUACGAAUUCAUCGUUCAAUUUCAUGUUGAUGUCACCGUCCACACAAAUGUAGAGUCUCUUGCUUCUUCUACUCCUUCCAGUAGAUGUAUCUUUUCUUCUUUUGUUUCCGGAAACAAAUCCAAUCCAACUGAUUCCCAGGAUCUGUAUAUAACGACCGACUUCAACUUUCGGAUGUAUAUACAUCAAGCAUUCAAUUAAUAAAACUAGAAUUGACAGUGAAAUUAAU